UAAACCUACGUCACAUCAUCACCAAAGUCAGCAUACUAGCGUGUAGCCUGCUGAUUUUAACACGUAUUCCGAUAUUGGGUUGCUAUUUUAGGAUUUUUGGGACUUGCUUUAAAGUUUGGGUGAUACCUCGGCUGCUUAGAGUGGAGGAGGAGACUUUCCCACUGAAGCAACAGCAGAAAAUUGACGGAGUUUCUUCAACCUGACUUCACUUGAAGACGGACUUCAUGACUUUAUUCCUCCUCUGCGCGCUAAUGCCCGAGACCACACCGAAACGGAGGAUUUUUUUCCCUUGAGCAUGAAAAGGAUUGCCAAAUCAUCCGCAAUCCAACAUCACCGACUGAGCCACCAGCAGCAUGAGCACUGGAUACAUAUGCUCCAGCAGAAGUUGUUGGCUAGAGAACUAACAAACCUUGGAGCACAGAUACAGCGAAGAGGGGAGAGUCAGUUUUAGGUCUCCACAUAAUGGAGCGAGAAUGAACAGAGAGCGGCUUAAAAAAAAGCAUGAACUGGAGGUUUAUUGAGGUCAUCUGCUUCCUGUUUAUAUGGGACCAUAUAACAGUUCAGUCUUCCCGCCAGGACCCGUUGGCCACUGAGCAACAUGUCACCAAGCAAUAUGACUGGCUCAUCUCUGACCGAGGACCGUUCCACCACUCUCGGAGUUAUCUGUCCUUUGUGGAAAGAUUCCGCCAAGGAUUUACGACCAGAUAUAAAAUUUAUAGGGAAUUUGCACGUUGGAAGGUGAGGAACACAGCAAUCGAGAGAAGGGACCUCAUCCGGAACCCGGUCCCCCUCAUGCCUGAGUUCCAGCGCAGCGUUCGCUUGCUGGGCCGCAGACCCACGACUCAGCAGUUCAUCGACACCAUCAUUAAGAAAUAUGGAACCCACAUUCUCAUCUCAGCCACCCUGGGAGGAGAGGAAGCACUGACGAUGUACCUGGCCAAAAACAAGCUGGACAGGAAGCUUGUCAACGCUACUCAGAAUGUGGAAGCUCUUCAUCAGCUGGCCUCAUCCUACUUCAUUGACCGUGACGGAACGAUGAGGAAGCUGCACGAGAUCCAAAUUUCUACCAAUGCCAUCAAGGUGACGGAGACUCGAACAGGCCCACUCGGAUGCAGUAGCUACGACAAUCUGGACUCUGUGAGCUCAAUCCUUCUGCAGAGCCCUGAGAGCAAGCUUCAUCUGCAAGGUCUCCAGGUCAUUUUCCCAGAGUACCUGCAGGAGAAAUUUGUCCAGUCAGCUCUGAGCUACAUCAUGUGCAACGGAGAGGGGGAGUAUGUGUGCCAUGACAACCAGUGCAUCUGUCAGUGCGCGGACGAGUAUCCCCAGUGCAACUGUCCCAUCACCGACAUCCAGAUCAUGGAGAACACGCUGCUGGGGAUGUCUGAGUCCUGGGUCUCCUCUUACAAGGACUUUGAGAACUCUGAUGAGUUCAAGUCCUUCCUGAAGAGGCUGCCGUCCACUCAUUUCCUGCCCAUCAGCAGUGUGCAUCUCCUUUGGGGCAGCGACUGGGACCUUCAGGCUCGCUACCGACUCCUUCAGAGCUCUCUGGAGAUCCAGCGGCUCAAGAUCCAGCGUACCGCCCGCAAGCUCUUCGGCCUCAGCAUCCGUUGUCACCACAACCCCAACCACCAGAUGCCUAGGGAGAGGUCUGUGAUGCAAUGGCUCAACAGGGUUCAGUCCUUCCUCUACUGCAAUGAGAACGGGUUCUGGGGGACCUUCCUGGAGAGCCAAAGGACAUGCGUAUGCCACACCGGUGUCACUCUAUGCCAGAGACCAAUCCCAUGUGUCAUUGGUGGUAACAACAGCUGUGCCAUGUGCAGCCUGGCCAACAUCUCCCAGUGCGGCUCCUGCAACAAGGGUUACAAAUUGUACCGCGGUCGCUGUGAGCCCCAGAAUGUGGACUCAGAGCGCAGCGAGCAGUUCAUCAGCUUCGAAACUGAUCUGGACUUUCAGGACCUGGAACUCAAAUACCUGUUGCAGAAGAUGGAUUCGCGAUUGUACAUUCACACCACUUUCAUCAGCAACGAGAUCAGACUGGAGACUUUCUUUGACCCUCGAUGGCGUAAGCGCAUGUCCCUGACUCUGAAGAGUAACAAAAACCGGAUGGACUACCUCCACAUGAUAAUUGGUCUCUCAAUGAAGAUCUGCCAGAUGCGAAACAGCAGUAUUGAUCCCAUGUUCUUUGUUUAUGUCAACCCGUUCAGUGGUAGUCACUCAGAAGGCUGGAGUAUGCCCUUUGGGGAACAUGGCUACCCACGCUGGGAAAAGGUACGACUGCAGAACUCCCAGUGCUUCAACUGGACUCUGCUGCUCGGCAAUCGGUGGAAGACCUUCUUUGAGACGGUGCACAUCUACCUGCGUAGCCGUGCUAAGAUCCCGACUGGCCUGCGCAAUGACACAGGACAGGGUCCAGUGGAUCUUGCAGACCCUAACAAGCGUCAGAUCUACAUCAAAAUAUCAGAUAUCCAAGUGUUUGGCUACAGCCUACGCUUUAACGCCGACCUGCUCCGUAGUGCCGUGCAGCAGGUCAACCAGUCGUACACACAAGGAACUCAGUUCUACUCCUCCUCGUCUGUUAUGCUCCUGUUACUGGACAUUCGGGAUCGUAUUAACCGCCUUGCCCCUCCAUCUGCACCUGGAAAACCCCAGCUGGACCUCUUCUCUUGUAUGCUUAAGCACAGGCUCAAGCUCAACAACAGCGAGAUGAUUCGAGUAAAUCAUGCCUUGGACAUGUACAGCACAGAGAUACUAAAACAAUCAGAUCACCUGACUGCUAAACUCUGCUGAACAUAGUCAAAUUAACACAAGGACAGCAAAGAGAAACACCCAACAAAUGAACUAUGAGGGGAUAUUAAUCCUAAUUUUGUUUUCUCUUUUUUCAUUUUUGGACCUUUUCUGCCUUUUGAUGUAAUGUUAACUUUGUAAGCAUAAUUCUUAAAGUGAAAAAGGAAAAACGCAGGAUGAAAAGCAUUUCAGGCAGAUAAAGAAGAUAAAUGGAACCACUAUAAGGACUGUA